AUGGAGGCGGUGAAGAGUGAGCGGGAGCGGGGGAGCCGACGAAGGCACCGGGACGAGGACGUGGUGGCGGCGGCGGCGGUGGUGGUGGUGAAGCAGGAGCGCCUCAGCCCGGAAGCCGCGCCUCCGGCCCACCGCCGUCCAGACUUCUCUGGCGGUAGCUCGUCCCCGCUGGCAGGCGAGCCGGGCCGCCCCGGCCACCGCGGAAACCGAGCCCGAGGAGUUAGCCGGUCCCCAGCCAAAAAGAAAAACAAGUCCUCAGGGAGAAGAAGCAAAUCUCCUCGGAGUAAGAGAAGCCGAAGUCCUCACCACUCAACAGUCAAAGUGAAUGCGUACCUCCUGGGUCGACACCGCCGCAUUGCAGACAUUCCAAUUGAUCAUCCGUCUUGUUCAAAGCAGCAUGCGGUCUUUCAGUAUCGGCUUGUGGAAUAUACUCGUGCUGAUGGCACAGUUGGUCGAAGGGUGAAACCCUACAUCAUUGACCUUGGCUCAGGCAAUGGAACNUUCUUGAACAACAAACGUAUUGAGCCACAGAGAUACUAUGAACUUAAAGAAAAGGAUGUACUCAAAUUUGGGUUCAGUAGCAGAGAAUACGUCUUGCUCCACGAGUCGUCAGACACUUCUGAAAUAGACAGGAAAGAAGAUGAGGAUGAUGAAGAGGAGGAGGAAGUGUCUGACAGCUAGCAAACUAAGAACCUAAAUUAUUGAGACACCUUUUCCUUCUUGGAAGGCUUUGACUCAGCACUGUGGGGCUCUCUGUAAUGCCUCUUAAUGCCUUAAGUCUUUCCUCUGUUGCUGAACAGCUUAUGUUACAAUUUAUGAACACUGACUUAUGUUUUGUUGAACUUUUUUCUGGGGCACAUCAGCCACAUGCCUGGGGACAUUUGUUUUCAGAACAGUCUCACCAAUUACAGCACAUCCGUGUUUUAAUAGAAGUGUUGUGGAUUUAGCUGGUGCUUUCAGAACUGCCUAGGAAACUGUAAACCCUUGGUUAAGGGGGAAUUAUGGCUUGUUCUCUUUGUACAGUUAACUUUAUUUAUAUAGUUGUUACGCUUUGUGGACCAGGUGUUUUUGUUUUGGGGGCAAACCCCUGAGCAGAGAAUCUGACUAAGCUUUGGUUAUCACCAAAACAGUCUCCACUAUAUACCAAAGCUUUGACCUGGUUGAGCUCUUGAGUCAUAUGUAAGUUGAUUUUGCACUUAGUUUUUUGGGGUGGGAAUUCACUGCAGCCAAUCAACAUUAUUGACUGUUUAACUUAAACAGAUGCUAAAGUACCUGCUUAAGCCCACAGACUGUACAGAAGGAUCAUGGCGACUACCAACGGGUGCUGAUUUAAUGUCACAGAAGAGUGAAAUGGGUUGUGGAUCUGUUCUCCAUGAGAGAAUCCCUGAUUUCUCCAUGGAGCAUGUACAUAACAAUUUUGAUCAUAUUAACUGUUGUUCAAUUUUGUGUUUUUACUCAAAUGUUAUCUCCUUUUUUCCUUGAGAAAUACACUGUCACUUAUGUG